CAUAAUUGUUUUCAUUGAACUCCAAAUUAUUGUGGGUGUGAUGUUCCAAUGUAGCUUGGAUAGAAAUCGGACUGAAGUCACAAUCCGAUAAUUUCUUCGUCUGCAAAGCAGCGUGGGGCUGGGUGCUGAAACCAGUGAGGGAGGAGAAAGAUAGCACCGCGGCCACCGUCACUUGGCCAAGGGUGAUGGACAUUAUCACCUUUUGUAGUCGUUUGGUGCUGUCAACGAUAGCGUUAGUCGGUGGAUUGCAGUACGGCUCAGUGGUGCGGGCGGUAAAUUGUAACCCCCGUGAUGGAUCUACGUGUAUUUGCGAUAUGGACGACGGGUUAGGGUAUUUGGACCUGACGCCAAUCAGCAAUAACGACGGCACAGCAUUCUUUACGAACAUUGCCGGCGAUGGCGGAUUUAGCUACAAUCCGUGCUAUUCGUUUCAGGACAACAAGUGCCAGAAUAAUGUUGCCGUUUGCCAGCAUGGCGAGGUUGUCUGUGGCCAGCAAUCCACAGCUAAGUUCACCAUCACGAGUACAUCCCCACUACAAGCAACUAUAGCCUAUGGCAAUGGUGAUGAGCAAAAAGGCCAACCAAGGGUGGCAAAUGUAGCAAUCAGCUGCGACCCAACAAAGGACCAUGAUAUCACGUUCACAUCCGAGGCGCCAGGAUUAACAUACAACCUGGCUUUGACGUCAAAGUAUGCCUGCCUUGCUCCAGCACCUACGUCGCAGAGACCAAGAAAACCAGAGGGAAAUGUGCUCAGUCUUGGGACCAUAUUGGAUAUCUGUGCUGUUGCUGCACUUCUCCUGUACCUCAGCAUGGGCUCGGCGUUCAUGUUUGUACGGCGUGAAGCGAGGGGACGCGAAGUCUUGCCAAACUACACGUUCUGGGUUGCCAUUCCCGGCCUUGUCAAGGAGGGCUGCCUUUUCAUCCUGCACGGAUUCAAAUCUCGCGGCUCUUCAUAUGAGAAGAUAUGAGAAGUGAAUUUACCCGGAAUGCGUCAACCUGCCUUCCUGAAGAAUGCACACCGUACCACAAGUCGGAAGGAAACACGGACCGUCAUUUCACUGUUCUCUCAAGGUUUUUGCUUAACAGGCACGCUUUGUGGCGAUUUUUCACAGCAACAACAAUUCGGGUCCACCUGAUUCUAUUUUGGACGUGAUUUACGGGACAAUUCAGCGAGCCUGAUUAUUAAUUUUGGCCUGCUGGUUGAAUUCUCUUCACAUCUAUAAUUUAGUGUACUUGACUUGAUUCCCUACGCGUAAUUGUGUAUUUAGCUUUAAGUGUUUUUUCCCCACUGAUGAUUGGAGGGCGAACAUCGAUUCUGGGUUUCAACAUUAUCGUUAUAAAAUACACAUGCAUGUCGAACAAGUAACGUAGUUGUGUGAUGUCUGCGGGCUUCAGCCUAUUCAUAACUAUAUCAAAAUUAGUAUCUCCUGGAAGAUUAUUUGUAAUUGUAUAUAAUAAUUAUUAUGUAAGCCGAAUUGCUUGAUGUGAUAAGUGCAACUCUGUAAGCUAACUAGAAGUAGAAAGGAUAGCGUGUAUGUAGAACUGUCAAUUGAGGAAUACUAUAGUGGAACAAGAACACUGUGGUGUCUGGUCUUGAAUUUAAUGCGUUUGAUUACCGGAUGUCCAAUGUGAUAAAAAAUGAAUUAUUCAACCUUGGAUGUACAUUAUGAUCUGGUUACACUGGUGGACAGUUAGUCAUAACUGGUUAUAUUUGGUAAUAUUUUGUCAUUUCUAUU